AAACCCUAAAAUGGGGCUAGAGUAGAAGCAGGGAUUUGGGGAGGGAGGGAGCGAUGGCGAUGGGGCAGAGCGCCAAACCAAUGCCGCAGCUUGAUCAGCAGAGCACCAAGGAGCUCAAUCUCACUGUGCUCCAGCGCAUGGACAAGCACGUCGAGGACAUUCUCACCACCGCGGGUCACGUUACCUUCUACGAGUUCAGCAUGGACCUCAAUCAGUGGAGUCGAAAGGAUGUAGAGGGGUCAUUGUUCGUUGUGAAAAGGCGGAUGCAGCCCAGGUUCCAGUUCAUUGUCAUGAAUCGCAGAAGCACAGAGAACUUGGUCGAGGAUCUCCUCAGCAAUUUCGAGUACGAGGUCCAGGUGCCUUACCUGCUCUACCGAAAUGCAGCGCAGGAGGUUAACGGGAUCUGGUUCUACAAUCCACGGGAGUGUGAAGAAGUUGCCAAGUUAUUCUCGAGGAUACUCAACGCCUUCUCGAAAAUUCCUCCAAAGCCAAAGCUGAUCAGCCAGCCGAGUAAUGAAUUUCAAGAGCUAGAGGCAGUUCCGACAGCGGCCAUUGUGGAGGGACCACUGGAACCAGCAAGCGCCGUUCCAGAAGAACCACUGGAGCGGUUUUUUAACAAUGCUUUACAGCUGAAUGUGGAUCCUCCACCACCAUCUUCUCGGCCUCCAGUCGCGACAGUUCCCAUUAUCCGUUCGACCGUGCCACCAUCUUCCAAUGUAGCACCCGUCGUUCCACCCCCGGUCGCGAGCGUCCCAGCCAUUACGACUGUGACUCCAGAGCCAGCCGAAGGAACUCCCGUUUUGGUGAAGCCAUCCUUCUUCAUGACGCCUCCAGCGUCCACGGUUCUCGCUCCUCCUCCUCCUCCUGUUCUUCAACCAUCGCAUGGUGCGCCUUUUCUCCAACCAUUUCCACCGCCAGCUCCACCUCCAUCGCUUGCUCCAGUUUCCGCGACUUUGAUCACGAGGGAGGGAGUUCGGGAUGCGCUCUCGCGGCUCGUUCAGACUGAUCAGUUUAUCGACCUGAUAUACCGUGAGAUGCUCAAUGCACACACCAAGUAGUGUGCCGUAUGGUUUGUGUUUAUAUAUGUGUAUUCUGCUUGUUCAAUUUUCCCUGUUAAGAUUAUCCUACCUGUUUCCUUUCUUCUUCUCGUUCUUUGUACAAUGCACAAUGUCUCGAGUGCCGUGUCCUCGUCCCUUGACAAAGCGGGAACAGUUUAGAGCUACAAUGCGUGAAAGGAGAGCGAGGAGCCUAACGAAAGAAAGAUCGCAAAGAGAAAAAGUCGCAAGGAUUUCAGGGAGAAAGCGCCGAGUGCAAGGAUCUAGGCCGUUGCUUUGGUGGGGGUGGCUAUGGAGGAGGAGGAGGAGAGCGCAAUAUUUAGCGAAGAAAAGAUUCGAAAGCGGUGGUGGGAUGGAUCCAAAUCCGCUCGCUCUUUGGCAGGGAAAACGCAAAAAAAAAACGACACUUUCCAGUCGAGCGACCCCGCAAAAUCCACCAACGUCGUUCGUUGCGCUCCAGCCAGCCUCGGAUCUACCAAAGAAUCAGCUACAUGAUCACGAGAUGAUCGAAGAGAGAAGAUAACGAUUCGAGCGCUGCGAAUCUCUGAUGGGGCCGGAAAAUUGUCCUUUUUUCUCUCGCUCAAUUAUACUGCGCAAUUCAUGGCGCGUUUUGGACCAA